AUGGCACCUCGCGGUAACCAAAUGUUGGGCAAUGCCCACUUCAGAAAGCACUGGACCAGAAGAAUCCGUACCUGGUUCAACCAGCCAGGACGCAAGCUCCGCAGAAGACAAAACCGUCUCCAGAAGGCUGCUACUGUUGCUCCAAGACCAGUUGCCGGACUUCUCAGACCUGUCGUUCGUUGCCCAACUCAGCGCCACAACGCUAAAGUUAGACUCGGACGUGGAUUCACUCUCCAAGAGCUUAAGACCGUCGGAAUCGGAAAGACUCAAGCUAGAACUAUUGGUAUCGCUGUUGACUACCGCAGAACCAACAGAUCCGUUGAGGGACUUAAGGCUAACACUGAGCGUCUGAAGGAAUACAAAUCUAAGCUCAUCCUCUUCCCCAAGAAGCUUAAGGCUCCAAAGAAGGGAGACUCCAGCGAAGCUGAACUCAAGAUCGCCUCUCAACUCCGUGGAACUAUUCUUCCAGUCAAGAAUACUCCAGUCUUUGAGGAGCCAAGAGCCGUUACUGAGGCCGAAAGAAAGGUUAAGAUCUUCUGCACUCUUAGAAGAGUCAGAGCUGAUGCCAAGUACAUCGGAAAGCGUGAGAAGAGAGCCAGAGAAGCUGCUGAGGAAAACAAGUAA